AUGACAUCCAUGGUGUUCAAUGAAAAUGCCACACUCAUUCGCCCCCCUACAUUUUACAUCAGUGGAUUGUACAACAUGCCACAUGCAAAAUAUUAUUAUAUGUUUUUGUGUUUUGUGUAUGCUGUGACUGUUUUAGGGAAUUCUUUAAUAAUGGUUACUAUAUAUAUGGCACACACUCUGCAUACAGCAAAAUAUAUAGCUGUCUUUAACUUGGCCUUGUCUGAUUUGUGUGGAAGCUCUGCUCUUAUUCCAAAGUAUGCAGCGAUGUUAUUGUAUGAGAACCAGUACAUAUCUUAUGUAGACUGUCUGGCAAGCAUGUUUUUUGUUUUUCUUUUCAUAAUAAUGCAGUCCUUUACUCUGCUUGCUUUGGCCUUUGACAGAGUAAUUGCUAUAUGUUUUCCUCUGAGGUAUCAUGCUAUUGUCACUAAAACCACAAUGACUCUGAUCCUUGGUGUUAUGUGGAUCAUCUCAGCAGCUAUUAUUGGUGUUUCUGUAUCUCUGAUUACCAGUCUGUCCUUCUGUAUGUCUACUGUAGUUGGCAGCUAUUUCUGUGAUCAUGGUCCCAUCUACAGACUAGCCUGCAAUGAUAAUUUUCCUAGUUACAUUAUGGGCAAAGUCUAUACUGCUGUUGUGAUUUGCCUUCCAUUGAUACUGAUAGCUCUCUCAUAUGUUUGUAUUGGCGUUGCAUUGCUUAAGAUCUCACAUGGUGCUGAACGAAUGAAAGCUGUGAAAACCUGCACUUCCCACCUCAUGUUAGUGGCAAUGUAUUAUCUACCAAUCUGUUGUGUUUAUAUUACUGCUAUUGUUACAACAUACAUACAUCCAAAUACAAGAAUAAUCAACUCCGCUCUGGCACAAACAAUUCCACCAAUGUUAAACCCCAUUAUAUAUACUCUGAAGACAGAGGAGGUAUUGCAGUCUGUUAAGGUACUCUACAACCGAAUCAAGUUGAACUUUGCAACAGAAGAAUUCAUGAAAAUUGUUAUGAAGAAUUAA